AUGUUUGUGGGCAUCGCAUUCCUUUUCUUUCUUUCCGUGGUCAAACCAGUCCUUGGUCUGCGGGAUGGAGGGGCGUUUGCUUACUCUUCGUUUCCGGCAGACCCCAGUGCCAAAGAAGCUGAAACGGUGGCGCCGCGGCAUGCCCAAAAGCUGGAAAAAGCCCUGACUGUAGAUGAGGAUCAAAGCCGUAAGCCCAACGAGUUCUCCUUUGCAGAGCUGAAUGAGACCGUAGCUGUUCGAAAGCACAACUCCACUGGCGCAUGUGACAAAGAGCUGAAGAAGUUGAAGAAGGUGUUGACCAAGUCCUGCGUGAAGCAUUUGAUGGGCUACAACACGGACAGCUGUGGAAUGCAAGCCGCAAACGUGCUGCAACAUGCUUCCCCAUACCCCUGGGGACCUUCCAUGGUGACAAGCCACCUCGAAACUAAAGUUCCUGUGUUCUGGGCGGGCUUCUCCGAGUUUGACGAGUCGGGCAUAGCCAGCAAAAGAGACCUGGCGGAUUUCGUCAAAGAUGUGAAUGGCCUGCUGCUCCAUGGCGGGGGUUUGGUCGAUCAGACGGAGUGGGGCGAGGCCGUCCAGGAGGCCGAUGACCUGAAGAGCUGCUCGUCAUGGGCACGGAAGAAGCCGUUUUGGAAAGCGGCCUCGGUUUCCAUGGCAAAAGCGAUGCACCAAGCCGAGAAGAACCGGAUUGUCGUAGCAGUGCGCAAGGAGCUCACAGGAGACUACAGCCUCUUCAAGUCGAUUUUGUAUCAGUUGGAGAUGCUGUACAUUGGCGUUGAGAUGCGUGAGCAGCUUGGGUGGAACCCGACUUUCGAAGUCCACGAGAUUCCUGUGGCCGAGUCCUCGGACUGCAAGGUGGCUCCCUUCCUCAAGAGGCAGCUGGAGCAUUAUGCGGAUCGCGAAGUCGCCAUGACCUGCUCCCUGUGCCCCCACGGCCUCCGGGCGUGCAACUCCCAAAAGCAGGUGACCACGGCUCAGAUGAGUUCGACCUGCGUAGCCGGGGACUGCUGGAAUGGCAAGGGAUCCAAAGUCUCUGCCGAUGGUGAUCGGUACGAGGGAGAUUUCAAGGACGGCGUGGCGGAUGGAAAGGGCAAGAAGUUCUACUUCGAUGGGGAUAGCUACGAGGGAGACUUCAAGAACGGCCUGCAGGAUGGAAAGGGCAAGUUUUUCUAUGCCAGUGGAAAUCGCUACGAGGGAGACUUCAAGAAAGGCCUUCUGGAUGGAAAGGGCACGCUUCUCUAUGUCGAUGGAGAUAUCUACGAGGGAGGCUUCAAGAAUGAUUUGGAGGAUGGAGAGGGCAAGAUGCUGUAUUAUCGCACUGGAGAGUGUUACCAGGGAGAGCACAAGGAAGGGCGUAGGGAUGGAAAAGGCAAGUAUGUGUAUGCAGAUGGAGAUAGCUACGAGGGAGACUUCAAGGACGGCCAGAAGGACGGACACGGAACGUAUUGUUUUGCGGAUGGGGAAUGUGACGAAUGUGUGUAUGAUAUGGGCCAGGUAGUGAGCUGUGAAGAGAUCCCAAGAAGCGGCAAGGGGAAUCGCAAAGGCCAUGGCAAGGGAUGCGGCAGAGGACAUCGCUAA